AUGAGGCUCCUCCACGCUACCAAAUGGCACAUGGCCGACUUCCUCUCGGACGACGUCACCCCGCAAUAUGCGAUCCUUUCUCACACCUGGGGACUCGACGAGGUCACGUAUCACGACUGGAGAAACUUGUCCUUCUCCGAUGUCAAGCUCAAAGCUGGAUGUGCCAAGAUCCUGGCCUGUCGCGAGCAAGCCGUGCGAGACGGGCUGGAGUGGGUUUGGGUCGAUACAUGCUGCAUCGACAAGUCCAGCAGUGCCGAGCUCACCGAGGCGAUAAACUCCAUGUUCCGCUGGUACAAGAACGCCGCUGUAUGCCAUGUCGUGCUUUCUGAUGUAGAAGCAGCGUCGGAUCAAGCCGUCUUGGAGGAGCGCAUGUCCAAAAGCCGAUGGUUCACCCGUGGAUGGACUUUGCAGGAACUCCUCGCACCAGCGCCAGAGAAGCUCAUCUUCUACUCCAAGGAGUGGACUCGGCUCGGCUCCAAGCUGGAUUUUGCCGACAUUGUUUCAUCCAUCACCAGGAUAAACAAGCAAUAUCUGCAAGGCCAGGACCUGCGGCAUGCGAGCGUGGCGCAGAAAAUGUCAUGGGCGGCGCUGCGCCAGACCUCGCGACUGGAAGACGUUGCUUAUUGCCUUCUUGGAUUGUUUGACAUCAACAUGCCCAUGAUCUACGGUGAAGGCAACAGGGCAUUCAUCAGGCUCCAAGAGGCCAUCAUGACAUCUACUCCAGACGAUCACAGUCUGUUUGCAUGG